UACCUGCCAGGUCGGACAGAGCCAGUGAAGCCGCGACGGUCGGCCUAGUCAGCGUCGCUGUGUUCUCACCAUGUGCCUCCUACUAUUUAUUUUUCGGACUGUUUUUUUUGUAAAAUUCGGACUUUUUAUUCACUUAACAGAACGUUUAUUUUAUUAAAGAGUGAAUUUUUACGUUAUGUUUACGCGUAUCCGCUGUUCUUGACCAAUCCGUAUGUUAAUUUUUUAGUUACUUUUGGACUUUUUUUCAAAAUGGAUAUGUGAAGAAAACUUGUGAUUUAUUAUCCGUAUGGUUUCAAUAUUAAAGUUUUACAAGUUGGAAUAAUUGGUAAAGAAUGGGAAAGAAGAACGCCAUCAAUUUCACUACGAUUCUAGAGACUUUUUUGCCAACGUCUUAUUAUUUUUAGUUUUGAAUCGAUUGUCUAGGAAGUAGUUUUCGUCCUUUCAAUUCAUGAAGAAAUUUUUGAUCUGAAACAAUGAUUGAUAGGUUAUGAUAUUCGUGCCUAAUAAUAUAGCAAAUUGACGUCGUUUUCACGAUUUGUCGAUUGCACAAAUUUUCAGCAAUCCAAAAAAGUGAAAAGUGUGGAUUUGGACUGUGUAGAUGGACCGAGUGGUAGUGAUUGUUGAUAAGGAGUUGAUAUCAGUUGGUUGAGAGGAGAGCUGAGAGCGGCAGUAUGGAAGCGGAGGCUGAGGACACGGGUACGGACCACCUCCAGGCCGGACACUACAACAAUUCUUACACGAUGAUGGAUACCUACCCGAAGUCCGAGAUGUUGGGGCAGGCCGCCAUGGGGUCUCCGCAACCCGUCAACCACUACACGGUGUCACCCUCACCGUCCAAUUCGCCCUCUCUGCUGUACAACUCCCACCUGUACAGUCCGCGGCACUACUACAUGCAGGAAGACAUGGUGCCAGUGUCCCAGAUGCUACCAGGAGUCCACCGGCUCCAGGGGGAUGACAUGGGCUGGCUGAGCGGCUCCCAUUACCCUCAACAUCACCUGGAUACAGGAGUCACCAUGGGGACCAAGAUGUCGCCCGCCCAACAACAGAAGCAGGCCAAGGAGCAGCGCAUCAGGCGGCCGAUGAACGCAUUCAUGGUGUGGGCCAAGGUAGAGCGCAAGAAGCUGGCCGACGAGAACCCAGACCUCCACAACGCCGACCUCAGCAAGAUGUUGGGAAAGAAAUGGCGCAGUCUGACCCCUCAGGACCGCAGACCCUAUGUCGAGGAGGCUGAGCGCUUGCGGGUCAUCCACAUGCAGGAACACCCCAACUACAAGUAUCGGCCUCGCAGACGAAAACACAAUAAGCGUGCAGGUAGUCUAGGAGCUAGUCCGCCCCGAGCCCAGCCACGUACCCCUUACUACGGCGGCCCCUACACUCCUGCGGGGCUGCACACUCCUGACUCCUCGCCCACCGCCAGCCCAGAGCCGGACACGGCCUCAGCUCCUGCACUCCUAGAGGAUUCCACAAAUCCCGCCACCGCCCUGCCGACUCCGGAGAUGUCCCCCAUGGAGCAAGAGAACAAGGAGGGGAACACGUACGGCGAGAACAAGCGGUUUCACGGCAGCAUGUGCUACUCGUCCAGCCAUCAGGACUACUACCAGCGGCUUCCAUACCGUCAGAGCUAUCAAGGCUAUCAGACUCAGAGCCAGAGCCCUAUAGCCGCCAUGGGGGUAGCCAAGGGGAUGGUGAUGAUGUGCACCAACCAGAGACUCCUGGGGACGUACGAGCACAGUGGGGUCGUCACAGGCACCUUUUAUCCUCCUGUUGCCACCAGCCAGGACCAGCCCACCUCGGGAUCAGGAUACAACAGUCCUACCUCCCGGUCAUUCAUGGCCGCCUACACCUCGGCUUCCAUGGCCGGUCACGCUUCCUCCCCAGUGCCUGCACCGCACUACACUAGCUGCGCCAGCCCUGGCUCCUCGCUGAGGCCCACCGACUCUUACCAAGGAUCAGUUCUCUCCGAGCAACACUCGCCCCAGCGGCGGCUUGCCUACCAAUUGCCACCCAGUAGUCUGGGAUACGACCUCUCGGAACGCAGGCUGGACGAGGACACUCCCGUGGACACCCAUGAGUUUGACAAGUACCUCAAAUAUCAGCCCGACCUGGACCACGUGGCUGCCACCAACCAGCACCAUCUGGACUCUAACCACAACUACCAGCAGCAGCUGCAGCAGUAUGGAUACUACCCCACCGUCCUGGACCACUCGGCUGGAUAUUCGGGGAUCAAGGCGGAGCUCCCGUAUCUACUAGAGGAGCACUACGACCCUUUGCCCCCGCCCCACCCCCUCAACCACCCCAUAAGGCGGAGGAGGACUUCAGCGUCAUCCUAGCCGACGUUCGCAAGACAUGUUACAGUAGCUGAGGAGUCUACUCGCUAGGUUGAAGUCGAUAUAUUUCCGUCGGCAGCGAUGAUUCAUGAAUGAAAUUUGUCAGUAAACUCAAAAAUGUAGGGUCCAGUGCAAAAAGUAAAAUUGUGCACACUUUACGUCAGAGUCUAAUAUAAAUUAUGUACCACAUUUGCGUCACUUCCAAAAAAUUUCUUGAUUUUAUCAUUCUUAGAAACCAAUGACUCAUUUAGUAUCUUAACAGACACUAGUAAGAACUUACGAAUAUAAAUUCACCAACCAACCUUUAGUCUCGAUUAUUUGAAAACAUCAGGGAGUACACAUGAUUUUUUUGCGUAAUAAUACAAUGUGUGCCUUUUAAUUUAUGAAACAUUAAUAUAAUUAGUUUUAUUUAAAUAAAUACUACAGUAUGAGACUAUAACGUCUUCACUUUAGAAUUGGCUCCCUUGCUCUUCAUUUUGAUCUAUUAAUACUUAGUGCCUCCGCAUCAUCCAAAACAGAGAACCGCAAUCUUCCUAGUAACUUUAUUGUGUAACUAGAUUUCGUUCAUUAAAUAUAUCGACUUCAUGUAAAUGAUAAUUUAAAAUAUUGUUCACUACGAAUGUGUAGAUGGAUCGUAAGAAAUUUCCGAGCACUCUAUAGGACUUGUCACUGACUCUUAUCACUGAUCUCAUCUUACAUCUCUCUAGACUGUUAUCACUAAUGGUUCUGUGGACACGGCAUCGCUAGUGAAACAACAUUUGUCAGUGUGCCUAAGUGAAUCAUGCUCACUCAAUGAACAAUAUUUAAUUUUAAGCUUAAGUAAAUGAAUAUCUGAUAAAUGAGCCGCUCCAGCCACCGUGACUGAACUUUCUUGACGAAUGUGUAAAACUAAAUUACUGUCGUCUGGAAUUUAUUAUUAAUUUCAAGAAGCUGUUAUUAUUUACCUUAUGGUGAAAUUUUACUCUUGCCAACUUUUACAACUGUGCUUUAAAUUUUAAUGUUCACUUUUGUGCUCACUUACUUGUCCUUCUUAAAUUACACAUCAUUCGUUAUUUACAUUAUGAGCAUAACUUUAUGUAUAUGUCACUAAAGAAAUAAUUAGGUUAAAUGUGUUCCUAUUGUUGAAAAUAGUUAAAUCUUGUUCCGUUUCCUUUGCAACGUUUAGAUUCCAGCAUGCCGCUGGAAAAAGAGGUCGAAUAGAGGUUUUUUGUGUUCCUUUCAAUAUAUAAAAAAAGGAAAAAUUGCUUGGUUUUCUCUAUUUUUUAAAGGUAGAAUAUCGAACGAAUAGGCAUAUUAUAAGGUUAAACCAAAGUACCUAGAUUAAACCUUGAUCUAGAAAUAACUAAUGAUACUCUUUUCUAUAGCUAAUACAUUUUUAUAAGAAUUUGUAUUAAUACAUUGUGUGUAGAGUUAUUCUUUGUUUGUAAAUCUUUAUAAGUAGUGUCCGAGUGCCUUACUGUGUGAUAUGUAAAAGAAUAAUUUCUGUAUAAGCGAAGUUUUACAAUAAUGAUGACAAAAUCCUUAAGUAGUGCCUCUAAGUAUGAACUUUUAUGCUAAAGUGUUUUAAAGAUGGCAGCUGGCGUCAUCACUCUUACAACCAGAAAACUCAUUUUGCGAAGAAAAAGACAUGUCGCAAAGCGAGAAAAAGACGUAGUACUAAGUAUACUGACAAUCCUGCUGUAGUAAAAGACUUACUACAUUCCUGUUUCAUGUUUUAUUGUUGUAAAUAUGAUGAGACGAUAGUAGGAUACGACAACGAGUGCCUUCUCAAGACUGACCUGCCCGCACCCGUCCUUCUGUCACUGCAGACCAUAUCCUUACAUCCUGCCUGAGCACUUUGCAACGACAUUUCAUUGUGCCAAUAAAGUCUUAAAUUGGCGUUUUUAUUAUUUGGUUUCAAUCAAUCGUGUCUCUGUCCGUUUUACAAGAGCCCCCCACAUAAUUACAACGUAAUGUUCUUAUGUUGAAAUAUAAUUUUUUGUUUAAUUGUUUUGAUUCGUAUUUUUUAGCUAAAGCCAAUAUGACAACCACCUGUGACUAGAUCUAUUGUUCCAUAUACUCAUAAUUGUAGAACAAUUCUUAGCUCUAGACACACUGAAAAGUAUCACAUACUGUGUUGUAAUAAUAUUGUGUGUCACGAGAGGUUUUAAAAAGUACACUGCAUAGAGUGGCAUUCAAAAUAGUGAAACCUAGCCAUUUCUAUUCAGGAACACGUUACUUCCAUUUGGAACUAAGUAUUAAAAAGUCUACCACUAAAAUUCAGUUUUUUAGAGGAUGCUAUAAUUUUAUUCACUAAGUUUAUUUCAAACGAAUAAAAAUAAUAUGCCAAUUGUUUUGGUUAGUUCAAUUGUUUAAGAGUUCAGACGAUGAAGCUCUUCUGGGUCAAUUUCUUGUGCUCAAACGUAACUAAAAAAGGUGUUGUACAUAUUUUUAAUGAAUUAUUUAAUUAGUUGUAAGGGUAAUUUUGUAAUGAAGGUUGAUUAUUGUACAAUAUUAGUUACAUUUAUUU